UAUAGAAAAAGGCAUGAAUAUAGUAAUUCUAUGCAAAUCCAAUCCAUUUUACAAAAAUGUUGAUCCAAACUCAAAGAUAUAUGAUUAUAUGAGCAAAAUUUUCGAAAUGCCUAAGAACAGCAUCAUAGUAAAAAUAUCACCCACUGAAAAUAUUGAUAAAGAGGAUUAUUUUUCAAAGUUUAAGAAUGCAAAUACCUCGCAUAUAGCAUUUUAUGUUUAUGAUUCAAAUGGAUGUUCUUUAGAGUAUGUUAAUCCUCAGUUUAAGAAAUCGACUAGCAUUACAGAGUAUGGGUACUGCAGUCAAGAAAACGAUGAGACUUCAUUGAGUAGGACUUAAAUAAACAAUUCGUCAAAAAUUUUUUAUGAAGAUAAAUUAGAAUAGAUUAUUACAAUGACGAGAAAUAUAUCAUAAUAGAAUUUUGACAGUGGUUCUGUGAAAAGUCUUUAGAAUAAUAUGUGUACAUUUUGUAUGGUUCUUAUUGAAGAGGCUUCUAUUGAAACAUCCUGCUUUCAUUAUUUCCACACUAAUUGCUUUAAGCUUAUAAUAGAAAACUAACUGUUUUAAAAAGCACCAAUUCUGAAUUGUCUGUGCAAAAUGCAGCUUAAUUUAAAGUCCCUACUUUAUUUAGACGAUAAGUACGAAGCUGAAUCCUUCAAACAUAGAUUUAUACUGAAUUAAUUGUCUGCAUUAGAGAAGAAUAUACAAAACUAGUUUGGAAAUGAAUUUAGGAAAUGCAAGAAUGUUAAAAGUUGUAACUUUUUUUAUAUGCAUUUACCUUUCAUUUAAAAGUAACAUGAGUUUUGCCCAAAUUGUUUAUGGCAUAGCGAUAAAUGA